AUGAAGAAACUUUUUACUAGCCAUAAAUUCUCCAAUAUGUGGAACAACUUCAAAGCAAAGAAGAAGUCCCCUGAAGAAAAAGAGCCUUUCGAAGCGAUAAAAUUUGAGACGACCCCCGUACAUGGCAUGUAUAAAAUCGACGAAACUGGAAGAAGAUUUCUCGUUGCCAUCCGACCAAUAAGCGACGGGAGAGACAGUGAAGGUAUAUUUCAAGUCGCUUCUACCAGUGCUUCUCCCAAGACUUCCUCCGAUGAACCCUCUUCCACAAAUAAUGAGGCUAGCGAAAGCCUCCCGGCCGAACAAGUCGCUGCAGGCUACAGCUACCUUCGCGAUCAACUUGAGGUACAAUACAGUGAUAUUUUAAAUCGUUGGAUGUUUAAGGAUGAGCUAGAAAAGCGAUAUAUCCGACCCGUCGAAUACGACGGACAAGCGGUCCACAUGUUCCGCCUUGACAACCCCGCCAUCUAUGUUGUCGUUAUGAAUGAAAAGUUGGGAAAACAUGGGGCACCGUCCUUAAGGCCCAAGACACCUAAAAAUCAUAAGGGUAUCAAUGAAGACCUCUGGUGCCGCAACUAUCUUAACGGCGCCUUCAGAAAGAUGGAAGAUGACGAGGCGGCAAAGGCACGACAGGAAAUGGCGGAGAAGGGACAUGACGCUUGGUGUGAGACGGGGAAUCAACCUUAUUUGAAGAUCCAGAGAUAUCUGCAAAGCACUAUUACUUUUACUACACCUUUUGCAAAUUGA